GUAAUUGUGUGCAAUCAAAUGACGAGAGAAUGUGGAACUCGAAUACCACACAGCUACUACUCCGAAUGCUUUUGGAUAGGAUACAAAAUUUUAAGAAUCCGAUGAAAAAAAAAAGGGAAGUGUGGCAGAGCAUUGUGCUCGAAAUGGCAGAGCAUGGAUACUACGACCUUACCCCCGAGCAACUUGACAGGAAGUUUAGGAACUUGAAGAAGACGUAUGAAAAGAUCAAGAGCAAUAACAGGGUCUCUAAGUGGGAGUACUUUGACAAAAUGGAUGCCAUUCUUGGCAGCAAACCUGUAGUAUCCCAAAGCAAAAAAAGGCCAAAUACCGAAAUUGUAUAUCUCAAUGAGCAACCGGAGGAUCAGAAUGAUGAGGAUGAUGCUUCGAAUUCCGCCAGUACGAGCUCAAAACACUUUAAAACUGAACCGGAGCAAAAUUACGAGUACAGUCCAAUAGCCGAUAAUUCCAACAUGAAUGAUAUGGAGGAGUGUUCGUGGUCCCUCAGUAACUGCUCAAUUCCGAAAAAAAGUCCAUCGCAUGGUACGACUUCGAAUUCCAGUGACAUAGUAAACUUCCUCCAGGAUCUCGUAAAACAGGCAAAAGGAGUCAAAGAAAAGCCCCCAUUUAAAAAUAUGGAAGUAUUGACCUACUGGGACUUUCUUUUAAAUGAUAUGCCUCCAGCUGUAGCCAGAGAUGCUCGUCAUAAAGUGACGAAUCUGCUCCAAAAUUACGUCAGCGCCAAUCAAAAAAAAACCUCGUAGAGUAUAAUAGAAUAUAAUAAAA